AUGUUGAACAUCGCUGAAAAGUAUGAACAUGCAUUUUACCGCUUAGAACAUGCUGAUGUUGCAUUUUUAACUAAUCUCCGUAUUGAGUCGAAAGGAUGUCCUAAUCGAGCUGAUUGGGAACGAGCUCGUAUUUUUGUGAAGUUUUUGAAAACUUUUUAUGAUGCCACACUUUCUUUUUCUGGGUCAUUGCAUGUUACUGCUAACUCUUUUUUCAAACAGUUGAUGGAUAUUAAAAAAACGUUGAAUAAAUGGAGGCACAAUGUUAGUGAUCCAAUUUUGAAAACCAUGACAGCAAAUAUGCAAUUGAAGUACAACAAGUAUUAG